AUGGAGGAGCGGAUGGAAGAGGAAACACAAACAGCCCAGCACACAGGAGGCCACCACCCCGUGCAGGAAGGAGAGGUGCUCAACACACAGUACCAGGCUCUGCGCAAGCUGGGCUGUGGCACCUUUGCCACUGUCUGGCUCUGCAAGGACAUGAGGAGGAAGAAACAGGUAGCUGUGAAGGUCCUGAGGAGCAGGGAAGGCUUUGCUGAGGCUGCCCAGGAUGAGGUUGCCCUCCUCCGCUGUGUGAACAGUAUGAAGAAGAAGGAUGGGGCAGGAGAAAACAUCGUCUGUUUGUUAGAUGACUUCAGAAUGAUUGGAGAGAAUGGCUUCCAUAUGUGCUUGGUAUUUGAGGCACUGGGUCCUUCCCUACGGUGUCUGAUGGGUAAUUACACAGCACAGGGGCUGCCUCUGCCUUUUGUGAAAAGGUCCUUACAGCAGGUGCUGGCAGGGUUGCGCUUCCUGCAUGAGAGCUGCCGCAUCAUCCACACGGACAUCAAACCGGAGAACAUCUUGUUGUAUGGACGUGAUAGAAGCCUCCAAAGGAUUCUGCCUGAUACACGUGACUGUGACCAGGGGACAGAUUCAAAGCUAAAGGGACCAGGGAAUGCUCUUGGCAAUCAAUUGGAAGAAUCUGAUUUGAUGAGCAUAGAAGUAAAAAUUGCAGAUCUGGGCAGCGCAUGCUGGACGUACAAGCCCUUUUCCAAGGAGAUACAGACCCAGCCAUACCGUGCCCUGGAAGUGCUUCUUGGGUUAGACUACAGCACUCCUGUGGAUAUCUGGAGCACAGGCUGCCUGGCAUUUGAAAUGGCAACUGGGGAACGUCUAUUUGACCCUCAACCUGGGAAGUAUUUCUCCAGAGAUGAUGAUCAUGUUGCUCGUAUUAUCGAGCUCCUGGGAAGAAUUCCUCCUCAAAUUGCUUAUUCCUGGAACAAGUCAACAAAAUUUUUCAGCAGGCCAGGCGCUCUCCUGCGGAUCUCCAGGCUCUCCCCCCGCAGCCUCCACGCCCUCCUGUCGGACAGGCACCGCUGGACAAGACCCGAGGUUUCCCCCUUCGCCAGCUUCCUCCUCGCCGCGCUGCACUACUCUCCGCAGCGCCGCGCCACAGCCGCGCAGUGCCUGCAGCACGCCUGGCUCAGCGCCCCGUGACCGGCCCCAAGCCCUCGCCGGAGCCGCCUCUUCCCUCCCCCCUCCCGCAG